AUGGGCCAUCCCGAUAUUAAGGACCCACAGGAGACCUCCCACCAAGGCAUUAGCAGCCAGGUGGCAGAGCUCCUGGAGUGGGUGAACCAGAAGAACCCAGAUGAAGGUGCUCACUUUGAUGGGACCCGAGGCAUUAAAUACAGCUUCAUGCCAUCUUUACCUUUGUUACCUGCUCAGAAUAAAGCCAAGCCCAACACAUUAGCAGUGACAUCUCUGUUUUCCAGGCUCCUGAGACUGAGGACUAGAGCCUCAAGGUGUCUAAGUGCCGAAGGAGGCUACUACACACUUCUGGAAGUGCCUGCCAGAAGGUUUGCAGCCCAGCUGGACACCUCAUCCAGGGAGGCUCUCAGCGACGCCGAGCCGGUGCUGAGCGCGGACGUGCGGCUGACCCGGGGCCGCAAGAGGAGCGAGAGACGCCUUCUCCUCCUCCAGGAGGAACUGGUGAUCGCCAAGUUGCAACGCGGCACCACGCUGCGCCCACAGCUCCGCCUGGCCCUGGACCAGCUGUGGGUGCUGAGCGGCGGACAGGAGGCAGCGGGGGAGAAAAAAGAGGAGGAGGAAAGCGGCGAUGAGGACAUCCUCAUCCUCGCCUGGCCCACCGGCUCCUGCGUUGUCGCCUUCGGCUCCCGGGCGCUGAAGGAGCUGUGGGUGGGCACGCUGCUGGGGACACCAGGAGGAGCAAAGCAAGCCCGGGUGACCCGUCUCCCCUCUGUCAAACCCCUGGAGAAGAAGCUGAGCCGCCACCAUGCCGGGAGGACAUUCAGCGCCAGGAGCCUGGAGAGGCUGAUCCAGAGCCAGGCAGAGGAUCAUCCCAAGCAAGAGCCACCGACAGCCCCAUCUGGGAACAAUGCAGAUGGACUUUGCCGCUCACCAGAAGGAGGGAACAGCAGCAGCAGGAGGAGGAGGAGGAGGAUGGGGCUGCCCUGGCCCUUUGCUCAUCGGAGGACCCCGGCCGCUGCCCAGGCGCCAGGGCAGGCGGGCUCCGGCUGCAGCAGGGCGCUUUUUGGACAGCCCCUGGCAGCCCUCUGCGGGGAGGACGGCUCCCUGCCCCGGCCCAUCCAGGAGCUGCUGGCUGCCCUGCACCGGGAAGGACCGUCAACAGAAGGGAUAUUCCGAAGAGCUGCCAGCGGGACAGAAUUUCGGGAGCUGCGAGAGGCCCUGGACCGCGGCGCCGACGUCGACCUGGGCAGCCAGCCUGCGCUGCUGCUGGCCGUCAUCUUGAAGGACUUUCUCCGAAGCAUCCCCGCAAAGCUCCUCGUGACAGACCUCUACGAGGACUGGAUGGCCGCCAUGCAGAAGAGCGGCAAGGAGGAGAAGACUGAAGAGCUGAAAGCGGUGGCCGAGAAGUUGCCUGCAGCCAACCUCCUCCUCCUCAAGCGGCUGCUGGCCCUCCUGCGGCACAUCAGCCACAACGCCUCCAGCAGCAGAAUGAGCGCCAGCAACCUGGCCAUCUGCCUUGGGCCAAACCUCCUGAGCCCACCCAACGAGGACCUGCUGCCCCUCCAGGCCAUGCUGGAGGUGACUGAGAAGGUGAACGUGCUGGUGUUGUUUAUGAUUGAACGCUGCGGUGAUAUCUUUGGGGAGGAGAUGGAUGGCCGCUCCUGUCCGUCAGCCGGGGAGUCGCCAGCACCCACGGACAGAGCCACAGACCUGCAUUUGGAAGAGCAGAGCAGCCCUCCAGGCAGAGCAGACCAGGACCAGCAGGCAGAAGCCUUGGUG